AAAUCACAUGGGUGUAUGUUACCUUGUUCCCCAGUAAGCUUGCUAUUCUCCAAUAUAUAUUUGACCCUCCCUUAUGCCAGAGGCCCAUGAACUGAUUUCUCCAAGAACAAAACCCAAAGUUCUAAAACAGAACAGUUGGAGAACAAGUCAUGGCUCCCUCCUUUCUUGGCACUAAUUAACUGAAAUGCCAUUCUCUAAUCUCUCUCUUCAGCUUUAUUAGGGGUUUACCAUCUCCUCUCUAUAGCCCACUGCUUAAACAUAGGAAAGGGUCGGGGAAAAACUAAUCAAGGGGUGUCCAUGGCAUCAAAGCUACCUCAGUUGCAUGCUAAGGUGAGUUCAGCAGCCAAGCAUGGAUGUGCUUUCUACAAGCAGUUGUUGGAGCAAAAUAAGCAAUAUAUCCAGGAGCCACCCACCGCAGAGAGAUGCCAAUUGCUCGCAAAUCAACUGCUUUACACUCGUCUUGCCAGUAUUCCUAACCGCUGUGAAUCAUUCUGGAAGGAAGUUGAGUCUCUCAAGAACCUAAUGAAGAACAAGCAAGAGUUCAAUAUAGAGAAUGCUGGCCUUGUUGCUCUGUUUGGACUUGAGUGCUUUGCUUGGUUCUGUGGUGGUGAAAUAAUUGGAAGAGGUUUUACAGUAACUGGUUACAGUGUCUAAUUUCAACUGCUUUAAAUUUUCACAUUUAGACUAAUUGUACAAGAGCAUUCAUGUUGAGAGUUUCAAUGGUAAUUUUAUUUUUUAUAAAGUAAAUUUUAUAUUAUUAA